AUGAAAUCCAUCACUACUCCCCGGCCCGUCACCGUCCUCGGCGCGGGAGUUCUAGGCCGUCGCAUCGCCGCCGUCUUCCUCGCUGCCGGAUAUAGAGUGCAUACCUACGAUCCAUGUGCGGAGUCCCUUCUCGCCGCGACGGAGUAUAUCGAUACUCACAUCUCGGAGUUCAUGGCGCUUGUUCCGUCAACUGCGUCCAAGAUGAAUACAGAUGCAGGAUCGGAUUCGGAUUCGGAUCUGCAUACGCAUAAAGGUGCUAAUGGACAUACGUUUACAUGUACUCAUACGUAUACGAAUGGGGCUGUCAACAGGGCUGUCAAUGGAAAUGGAACAACCAAGGCAGAGCCAAAGCCUGGUCAGCACGAUACAUUUACGGAUCUUCGCGCUGCAGUGACAGACGCAUGGCUGGUCAUCGAAGCGGUUCCGGAAGUGCUGGAUCUCAAGACGAAGCUUUUCGGGGAGGUGGAUGACUACGCGGCAUCGGACUGCAUGAUUGUCUCCAAUAGCAGCUCGUACAAGUCGCGGCUGAUGCUGGGGGAGGUGAGUGACGAGCGCAAGAAACGGGUCGCGAAUAUGCAUUUCAUGAUGCCGCCGGGCAUACGGACGGUGGAGUUGAUGACGUGCGGAGAGACUGAGAUGGGGAUGUUGGAGAAGCUGAAGGAUGUGUUGAAGGGGUGUGGCAUGCUUCCGGUGAUUGUGGGAAGGGAAUGCACUGGAUUCGUCUUCAAUCGCCUCUGGGCGGCCAUCAAGCGCGAAAUCCUAAACAUCCUCGCUGAACAGGUCAGCACUCCCGCCGAGAUCGACAUGCUCUGGGAGAACAUUUUCCUGAAUCCUCGAAGCCAGCCGUGUCGAUUGAUGGAUCUGAUCGGAUUGGAUACGGUGGCUUUCAUCGAGGACAACUACAUCCAGGAGCGCGGACUGGAUAGUCGGCCUGUGGACUGGUUGAGAGAGAAGUAUAUCGAUUCGGGUCGGUUGGGACUGAAGAGUCACAAGGGGGGACUGUAUCCUCAUUCUGACCCUGCUUCCUCAACCGAGGUCGAGAAGAAACUGAACGGCAUGAAGACCAAUGGUGCGAAGGCGAAUGGAUUCAAAGACAAUAGCGCCCAAGCCAACGGAGUCGACCCAGAAAUUGUAUACGUCCUCGAUGUCGGCUUCGGCACAAAUAAUGAUCUCUCUACCUUCAACUCCGUGGGACAGAUUCUGCGUUACUCGCCUGCAACGGGAAAGAGGGUCCCGAUUGUGCAAGGUCAAUCCCUACCCGAUGGGAUCGACAUCUCGCGGAAGACGGACCGAAUCUUCUGGACGAGUAUGGGCCGCGCCACACAUACCCGCGACGGAGCGGUGUAUUCGGCCAACCUGGACGGGACGGACAUCAAGGCGCUGCUUCCGCCGGGGAGCGUGCACACGCCCAAGCAGCUCAUGGUGGAGGAGAGCACGGAGAUGCUGUACUUCUGCGACCGCGAGGGCAUGAGCGUGCACCGCGUGCGCUUCGACGGAACCGCCCACGAGACCCUGAUUCAGGCGGGACCCACGACAAAGAAGAACCCCAACGAACCGGUCGACAUGACCCGAUGGUGCGUUGGAAUUGCCAUCGAUAUCACUCGUGGAUACAUAUACUGGACGCAAAAGGGUCCGAGUAAAGGAGGGCAGGGGCGGAUCUUCCGAGCGGGAGUGGAGAUUCCCGCGGGCCAGACGGCGGAGUCACGUUCCGACAUCGAGUUGUUGCUGUCGGGUCUGCCCGAUCCGAUUGAUUUGGAAUUGGAUGCGCGCACGCAGACCCUGUACUGGACAGAUCGGGGAGAACAUCCUGUCGGGUGCUCUUUGAAUCGGCUGGAUGUGAGUGGGAAGGUUGACCCAGCAGAUCGCGUCAUCUUGGCAAGACAUUUCAACGAACCCAUUGGAUUGAAGCUGGCAGGUCAAGACCGAGUGUACGUGGCAGACCUCGGGGGGCGAGUUUAUUGCGUGGAGCAAGGGAAGAAGAGGGUGAUAUGGGAGGACGAGGGGAGUUAUACGGGGAUAGCGAUCUAUUGA